ACAACAACACACACCCACAUCUUACAUGCCCAUCCCCAAGAAGACCCCUUAGAGGACACACACGCACACACUCCCAAGUGCUUUUUACAUUGAACUUGAACACACUUACAGGAGUUUUAAAACAUUUUGGACAAGCUUACUUUGUUGCCUUUUUAGAAGGAUAAAUGGCCAACUCUGGAAUUCAGCUUUUGGGGUUUUUCAUGUCUCUGAUUGGCAUCGUGGCCCUGAUUAUCGGUACCAUUCUGCCCCAGUGGAAGAUGUCAGCCUACAUCGGGGACAACAUCAUCACGGCCGUGGCCAUGUACCAGGGACUGUGGAUGUCCUGCGCCUUUCAAAGCACCGGGCAGCUUCAGUGCAAGAUCUACGACUCCAUCCUGCAGCUCGACAGCUCUCUGCAGGCCACCAGGGCACUGAUGAUCGUGGGCAUCAUCGUGUCGGUGGCGGGCCUGGGCGUGGCUUGCAUGGGCAUGAAGUGCACCACCUGCGGAGGGGGUGACAAACUCCGCAAGGCCCGCGUUGCCAUGACGGGGGGCAUCAUCCUGCUAGUAGGAGGGCUGUGUGCCAUUGUGGCGUGCUCCUGGUUUGCUCACAACGUGAUCCGGGCCUUCUACAACCCCUACACCCCUGUCAACACCAAGUUUGAGUUUGGCGCCGCCAUCUUCAUUGCGUGGGGCGGCUCCCUCCUGGAUGUCCUUGGCGGCGCGAUGUUGGCCGCCUCCUGCCCACGAAAGAAGCAAGCAUCCAAGUACCCGUCCAUUGCCAGUUCUCGCUCCGCGCCUGGAAGCAGCAAUAAGGAAUAUGUCUAAAUAUGCCCAACUCCCCAAUUCUUAUUAUUGUUAUACAAAGAGUGUAAGUUUUUAUUACUGUAUUAGUGGGACUUCUUUCCUCAUGUGUGCCUUUAAUAACUGCUUGAUGAUGACUCAGUCGUAAUAUCCCGGUGUGACAUUACAAUACAAUGGCAAGAUGCAACACCAUGCAUGCAUCUUUACUUCAUUUUAUUUUUACAUCAUGCUGAAAUCCAUUAAAAAUCGAGCUGCGGGCCGAAUAAGGCCCCCAGGCCAUCACUUUGGACAACACAGGUGUAGCCACAUGCAUGUAAUAAGCCACUAGGAGAUCAAAUGAGUUUGCAACUAUUUAUUUUUGCCAAAUGUAGAAGAACUUUUACACUUCCGAGUUUGUUUGUUUUUUUUUACAUUAAAUACUCUUGCAUGUAUAGCAUAUGUAUGUCAAAAAUAAAGGUUGUGUAACAUUAUAAAUGGUGAUGUCAUACACAACACACACAACCAAACCACAAACUGAUGUCUUGGAUAAAAAUACCAGCUCCACACUAACGUGUUAAACAUCAUUCAUUGCAGCAUGCUAUGUGAAACCUGUCACAUUGUGGACACCUGCUGAACUAAAAACAACUCAUUGUUACAAUUGUUGGGUGUUUUAAAUACAAUCUGUUAAAAAAAACAACAAAUAUCCCAAGAAGAUAUGUCUUUUAUUUCCCUGGAUGCAGUUUGAACAAUUAACCACUUCCCUGCAUGCAAACAGCAGACACAUUUCAAAUUAAAAAAAUAUAUAGUAGUUGUUAAAGAAUUAAAAAAUAAAUAAGUCACAUUUAAUC